AGAGCGGCUGUUCGCUGCAGUCUGACGCGGGGAGGAGAGCCUCCGCUGCGGCCAUCUCCCUCCCCCCGCUCGGCUCUGCCCCCGCCAUGAACACCGGGCCGCUCGGGGAGAGCAGCGCGGAGCCGCGGCGUCCAGCGGCCGCGGCCCGGGAGGAGACCCCGGGAGACGAGGCGCAGGGCGGGGAGAGCAGCGCCGGGACCCGGCCGGAGGACGCCGGUUCCGGGAGCCGCCAUGAGCCUGGAGAGGAGGAGCAGGACGGCCGGUACGAGGAGGAGUUAGACCCCAGAAUCCAGAAGGAGCUGGAGCACCUGAACCAGGCCAGCGCCGAGAUCAACAAGCUGGAGCUGCAGCUGGACGACGCUCGCUCCAGCUACCGCCGGAUCCUCACGGACUCUGCCAGGAGGCUGAACGCUCAGGGCUCCCAGCUGGGCGCCUGCAUCGAGAAGGCUCGGCCGUACUACGAGGCCCGGCGGCUGGCUAAAGAGGCCCAGCAGGAGACCCAGAAGGCGGCUCUGCGUUACGAGCGCGCCGUGUCCAUGCACACCGCCGCCAGAGAGAUGGUGUAUGUGGCGGAGCAGGGCCUGCUGGCUGACAAGAACACCAUGGACCCCACCUGGCAGGAGAUGCUCAACCACGCCACCGCCAAGGUGAACGAGGCGGAGGAGGAGCGUCUCCGCAGUGAGCGGGAGCACCAGAGGGUCACCCAGCUGUGUCAGGAGGCGGAGGCUCAGGUCCAGACGCUGCAGAAGACUCUGAAGAAGCUCAUCCUCAAGUCCAAACCUUACUUUGAGCUCAAGGCUCAGUUCAACCACAUCCUGGAGGAACAUAAGUCCAAGGUGGUCCAGCUGGAGGAGCAGGUGUCCGGCGUGAAGACCCAGUACUCCGUGGCUCUGAGGAACCUGGAGCAGAUCAGCGAGCAGAUCCACGCCCAGCGGGGCCGGAGCGGGGCCAUCCGCGGGGGGAGGAGCUCCCCGGUGGGGGCCGAGGCCGAGGUCCGGGCCGGGGCCGGGGUUCGGGUCGGCGACUGGACGGAGGGGGAGAAGACCCGGCUGUGGGUGGAGCGGCACCGGGAGAGCGGCUGGGGGCGGAGGGAGCGGGCCGGCUCCGACUGCACCUCCGUCCUCAGCCUGCAGACCAUCGCCUCCGACCUGGAGAAGUGUGACUCUGUGGAACACCUGGAGGACCUGAGCGACCCCGAGGAGCCCCGGAGGUCCGAGCGGCAGGGCAAGGAGCGGCAGCAGCAAGGGCCGGUGGCGCAGCAUCACCGUAGCCGGAGCCUGUGACGGCCGGCGGCCGCUAGAGGGGCCGCUAGAGGGACUUCUAGAGGAGCCGCUAGAGGGGCUUCUAGAGGAGCCGCUAGAGGGGCCGCUAGAGGGGCUUCUAGAGGAGCCGCUAGAGGGGCUUCUAGAGGAGCCGAUAGAGGGGCCGCUAGAGGGGCUUCUAGAGGAGCCGCUAGAGGGACCGCUAGAGGGACCGCUAGAGGGGCCGCUAGAGGGACCGCCAGAGGGGCUGCUAGAGGGGCUUCUAGAGGAGCCGCUAGAGGGGCCGCUAGAGGGGCCGCUAGAGGGGCCGCUAGAGGGGCUGCUAGAGGGGCCGCUAAAGGAGCCGCUAGAGGGACCGCUAGAGGGGCCGCUAGAGGGACCGCUAGAGGGGCUGCUAGAGGGGCCACUAGAGGGGCCGCUAGAGGGGCCGCUAGAGGGGCCGCUAGAGGGGCCGCUAGAGGGGCCGCUAGAGGGACCGCUAGAGGGGCUGCUAGAGGGGCCACUAGAGGGGCCGCUAAAGGAGCCGCUAGAGGGACCGCUAGAGG